UCCUCCUGCUUCUGACCCCCCUGCCGGCGACCCGUUGUUUUUGAGCGGAAGCCCUUGGGCUGCCGUGUUUUUGCUGUUUGAGUCGUCGGUCUCCCCGGCUGCUCAAGCAUGGUGGAGCUUUAUGCUCCCUACUCCGAUGGCCUCCGCGGCCUAUCCAGUGGUGGUCCCCUCCAUCCGGCAGUUUCUAUCUGUGGCCAUGCACACGGGGGAUCCCAUAUCUGGCAACCUCGCGACCCACCUGCUGCCUCCAGGGAGAGAGAGAGGAGAAACCAGAAAUGAAUUUUCCUCUUUUACCUCAAUAAUCAACAACCAAACAGAAAACAGAUCAUAACAAAAUCACAUAAAAACAUUUUUUUUCUUUUGGUUUUCUUUUCACUUUUUUCGAGAUUGGCACACAAAGUAACAAAUAAAUGGUGCUUUUCUUG